GAAAGAAAAAAAAAAGAAAAGAAAAAACUGUUCAGGCUUCAUUGAGCAGACAGGAGGAGCAAACGAUUGCUCACGAACUCGACGAGCAUUGGAAGGGGGGCUGUCAUGAGGUUUCGAACAAGAAACAAGAGCGUACCUACCAGUCUAGAACAAGAUUUCAUUCUCCGUUGAUUCCACAGCAUUUGGCACAAAACUAUUUUUGCGAGAGCGAUCGAAUGUCGCCAAUAAGCUCGAUAAUCAUUGCAACCUAGAGUCAGGUCUAAGAUAAGUGAAGGAGGCGGGGAUUUAAAGGAACUAAAGAGCAUCUUCAGUAUCAUAUUUGAGUAUGUUCUGAAUAUCCCCAGGUGUUAAAAAAAGUGCUCUUGGAGUUCCUCUUUUUCUCUGGUCAUCUUACAAGUGGUCAUUGGGUAUAAUUGUUAGAGAGAAUGAUAAAACUAGCAUGACGGAAAUAAAUUUUCCCAUGAUAACUGUAAUAUUUUCGAAUGGAAAAAAUUGGGAUAGAAAAUUGAAAGUGAAUUUAUAAGAGGAUCUCUUCAUAGGACAUGAGCAUGUGCAAAUCGUCGGGAACUGUAUCUCCUGAAUGGGAUAUUAAUGACAAUAAUAUUCCAAAGGUGACAAGUUAUGAUUCUUUUCAAGAAUGGUCUGAUGGUCAUUGCCGAUAUGUAUAUAGGCCUGAUUGUGAGGAAGCGAGAAGGCACGGUUCUGGGUGGGCCAUGCGCAAUACCAACAACCAUAAUGUACACAUUUUAAAAAAGUCAUGUCUCGGUGUGCUGGUGUGCAGUGCACGAUGUACUCUUGAUUCCGGCGAAAAAGUACAUUUGAGACCAGCUAUAUGUGAUAAAGCACGGAAAAAGCAACAAGGAAAACCUUGUCCGAAUCGUAAAUGCUCCGGCAGAUUAGAAGUUCUUGCAUGCAGAGGACACUGUGGUUACCCGGUUACUCACUUUUGGCGACAUACGGAACAUGCGAUCUUUUUCCAAGCCAAAGGCAGCCACGAUCAUCCUAAACCAGAGCCUAAGGCCACGGCAGAGGCUCGCCGCACCUUACAUUCACCCCUCCAAAUGCAUAGGAGGACAAAAAAUAUUCAAGAUGCUAUUAGUUUAGAAUUACAUAUACCAAUGAAAGAGAAUAAAAGACCAGAUAUGCAUCCAGCUUGGAGGCGAAAUAGUUCUUCUUAUGAAAGUAACAAACUAGCUAGACUUGAUCAUCAACUUCAAAUUUCUAAGAAGAAUGGUGAUACCCAAUGUUCCUGUCCUCCCUUCGAAUGUCUGUGUUCCAAAAACUACACUGUGGGCUGUCGCUCUUUUGCAGCUGUAAGCAAAGACGAACCAUCUUCUUAUAGUGAUUUGAUGGUAACUAAUUUAGAGAGUAUGCCAACCGAAUGCUCUGUGUUUCAAGCCAUUGACAAGGUGCUAGAGGACGUGGCCUGCUCUUACGGCCAUUCGACAUCCUACAGACUCGCUGCUAAAGUUGCAUCUGAUUUUGAUCAAGCUUAUUAUAGUUCCUUCGGUGAUGGUUAUGAUACAGAAAUGGACAGAAUUAACCAAAGUUUUUACUCUUCUUGUGAUCCCUAUCGAGGUCAUCCUACAACUAAACACAAUAGUCACACUAUGGACACUCACGUGCUUCUACCGCCACCUCCCCUGCUUCACCAUUCCGUUGCCAGUGAUGACUUAUCAACCAGCUUUUCAGACGAAUGCCCCUUAACGCCUAUUCACCAUUCGUCACCCAGAAGUACAGACGCGUUCUCAACAUUUCCAGAAAUAGAAGAUGUCAUACAUCCUUCUGAUAUUCUAGUCUUAGACCAGCCCUUGAGAAAACCAGGGACGUGGUCAGAGAGUGAACAGGAUCAUCACAUACAGACUUAUCAGGAUAAUUAUAGCCAUUCAAAUCAUGCAAGUGAAGCGAUGAAAGAUGAUUAUGUGGUCACCUCUUUAGACGACCCAGAUGUGUCUCAGAGAUUCUUCGCUGCCAUUGACAAUCUGUUAUUGCAAGAUUAUGGAAAUGGCGAUAAUUUUGCUAGUCCGCCGGAUGAAAUCAGGGAUUCAGAAAAAGAAGGUCAUUUGAAUACAAACUGGGAGACAGCCAAUGCGAUUUCCUCUUUCUUUAGUCACACUCAACAGCAUGGUAUCAAUGAUCUCACUUAUCCCACAAAUGUGAUUGUGCCUAACUCAAAAGAAGACCACUAUCUUGAUCAAAGUCAGCACCAAGAUAUCAAGAUAGUGCCCAACAAUUACACCUCCGUUUUUCCGAUGCAAAUUUCUGCCAGUCUCUGUGAGAGGCCAAUGGACAUGGAUAUUGCAGAAUCAGAGCUUAUUAUUCCCCACAGGACUACAGCCCAACAUGUGCCUUACUGACGCUUCGGACAGAAAGGUUGAAGCUAUUAGUUGAAUUUUCGUUUGAGCUCUGCACGUUUGUGUUUUAUAUAGUAAGCACUAUAAUUUGUCGCAUGGUGUAAUUGUGGAAGUACUUAAAUUUGGUGCUCGGAUCGGAUGUAAUGUACUGAGGAAAAAAAAAUCAUGUUUUAAAAAGUGUGGUUUUGAAAGUUCUAACGGCAUUGUUUUUACAAUUUGUGUUCAAAAUCUUUCACGAAUGAAUUUUCAUUUGCACAAAACUUCUCGAAUACAAAAUAUGGACAUUAAAUUCCUGGUAGUGUUCUGUUUACUCGAAAAUUUUGACCAUAUUCUUCAAGAAAGGAUAUAUCGUUGUUUACGAAAGAUUUUAUGCGCAAUAAAUUUUAUAUCAACGAUUUUUUUUAAGUUGCCAGAUUAGGAUUUUGCCAAUUUGCCUUCAAAUUUUCUUUUGGAAUAGUCUAGUCUCGAAAUCAUGCUUUUAGGUGGUUUUAUGAGAUAUUUUGUAUUGAAAUAGAGAGCUGACGAUACAUAAAGUAAAGAGAAAAACAGUAACUAAAAGUUAUUGAAUCUUAAAAUAAUGGUACUGAUUAUGAAAAUAAACCUUUCAAGUUUCAUAGGAAUUAAAGUUUCAUCAAGUUUCAUAAGAUUUUAUUUAUGAUAGUCACCAAACAUGGUAUUAAACAUAAUGUAAGUUUCAUGGUGUUGCAUAUUUUUUAAUGUUCCUUAAUUUAGAAAGCACCACUCAACUGGGAUUUAUCAAAAUUUGAAACAGAAUGGUAAAUUAAAACUGAUCGAUUUUUGAUUUUACAAAGCAAUUCUUUAAGAGGGAGGGGAAAAUUUUAACAAUCUACGUCUAAUAUCAAUAAUUUAUUCAAUUUAAUUUUUGCAUUUUUUUAUGAACUUAAUGUAUGUGAUGAUGAAAGAGACAUUAUUUUAUAUGAAUGUCUUAUAUGUUAAUUACCUUAACAUUAUUUUACAUGUUAAUUACCUUAAGUACUACACGGGCAGCAAAAUCCAUAAUCCACAAUUUUGGAUAUUUCACUAAAAGCUCUGUAGAUAAAAAAAUUACCUACAUAAAGAAAAUUUUUGAUCAAUAAAAGUACGUUGAUCUCUUCAAAAACUAAACUGAAAAUCAAUUCGACCAUGACGCUUGCCACCAAUAAUAUUGUCGGUAAAAAAUAUUUAAUUCAAUAUUAGUGAUGUAACUUUCAAUGACAAAACAACAAUUUCAAAUACCUUUUCUUGGUCUUACAAAACAGUAAUAAAUAUUUUGUCGCUAAAUUUUUUGAAGUAGACCAGAAAAAACCCAAGACUCUAAAAAAGGUUACAUUUUAUGGUAGUAUUUGCUUUCAUAAAAUAAAUUAUAAAUCUCUACCUAAGUAAUCACGAAAGAGAUUUUUUUUCUUCUAUUUAAUCAUUCUUUUAUAUCAAAAUGGUGCUAUGUAUGUUUUUAAAAUACACCGUAAAAAUCCAUAACGGUUGCCUUUUUUAUUGCUGAGUUUUUCAUCUACACGGGAAAACUUUAAGAUUAUUCUAAAUAUUUACGUGGAUUUAAACUUUUAUUAAAGAAAACUUUUCCCUGCUGUUAGUUCUGUUGCAUAUUGUUUUAAUUCUUUUCAGUA